GGGGAAUAGGUUUUAAGAGCAGUACCUGACAUGCCAAAACUGUCAGGUUUAGCACUGACAGCCGACAGUUUAAUGAAAAAAUUCAAAUAUUAUCUGAAAAUUAAAGUUGCAAAAAGUUAAGAAGAAGAUUUCAUCAAUUUUAACUAGGUUGUUGUUAAAAUCAAGUUGUUUUGUUUCUGCAUGCACUAAAACAUAUCUCUUAGAAUGUCUGAAUACGACAGAGGAAAAUUUCACACGAAGAAAAAGUUUUACAGCACCAGUAGGGUAAAUUUAUGAAAAACCAAAACAUCCAUUGUUUAUUAAAACCUAGGUGUCCUUAUUAGGAUCCCGCACACAACGCUGGUAGAAACUUUUUCGGGAGCAAAUAUGAAACUGGGCCAUCAUCAAAAUCCAAGGAGUCGUCUGGCGAGUCUCACAGUUUGAGAAAGCCUCCUACAAUACUGAUCAAAGCAAGAGAGCCUACUGAAGAUAUUGGGGCUUCUCCAAAACGUACCCAAAAAGAUGAACCUCCACCACCUGUUGCAGUUGCAUCAACAACUCGAGAGACUGAGGUUCAACAGCAACCUAUCACAAAAACUAUGACAAAAUCCAUCAAGCUCAUAGAUGAAGGAGUUUUGUGUUCUGAAGCAUUACAAGAUUACCUCCAAGAUAACAAUGAAUUUCUGGUAGUUGGUGUAAUAGGCACAGAAAGUGUAGGAAAAUCAACAAUCAUGAAUCUUUUGGCUCACAAUAGAUUAACACUAGAGUUGAAGAAAGCUUUAUUUCCUGUUUAUGAAGAACAUGAAGAGCAUGAAGAUCAUGUGAAGAUUCUCACAGAUCAUGUGGAAAAAAUCAACUUAAAACCUGAAGAAAUGAUGGAAAAAGAAGUAUUUAAAAUUGAAAGCAUGCAGGAUAUUUUAAAUGGUUGUAAUUGCACACAAGGCAUUGACAUGUUUGUCACUGAAAACAGGUUGAUUCUCUUGGAUUGCCAGCCAGUAGGAUCUGCAGCAAUUCUAGAAGAUCUCAUAAAAUCAGAAACCAAGAGAACAAAUUUGGUGAGUGAGUUUAUACCACCUGAGAACAGUGGUGAAAUUCAAAGCCUUCAGUUGACUGCAUUUCUGAUGUCAGUUUGUCAUGUUCUACUUGUAGUCCAAGACUGGUUUUUUGAUAGUUACAUUAUCAGGUUUGUUCAGAGUGCUGAAAUGUUGAAGCCAACUAUUCCAAACCCAGAGGAUGAGCUAUCAGAACACUACCCUCAUUUAGUUUUAGUUCAUAAUAAGGCACAAUUGGAGGAUUUCAACCCAUCAACUUUCUAUGAAAUGCACUAUGUUUACAACAUGCUGCUUAGGGAUACUAAGCUGAAUAAAUCUGAACUUUGCUUGGGGAUGAACAAAAUUUUCAAGCAUUUUGAUGAAGACAAGUCACUGAUAAACCUAUUUUUAAUUCCUGAAGUCGAUUUAACAAAUGAUGAAAUCUAUUCGGGUCAUCCACCAAUAGAGGAGAUGGUAAAAAGAUUCAGAACUGAAAUCUUGAGAGCUAGUAGGAGUCCUCUGACGCAUGUGCAGCUGUCUGAAAAAACUUGGAUCAUGUACUGUUCGAAAGUGUGGGAGACUGUGAAGAAAAGUCCAUUCUUUGUAGAAUAUACAAAGUUGAUGCCAUGAACUCAGCCAUCUUCGUAUAAUUGAGCAUGUUUUGAAGAAAAUACGUCUUUCACUCUAGAUAUGAAUGCUGAUCUAAUGGGUCAAGUAAAAUACUAGCUGUAGCUAAUGAACAAUUUUAUUUUAAGAUGUACAAUGACUCAUAGUUCAUAUUUUGUUAAUUUUGCUGUUUGCAGAAACAAGUAUCAUACUAGCUUCAAAGCUUUGUGUAACCGUAACUUAAUUCAGUACUGCCAGGGUUCGUUUUUGUUAGAUUUUUUUACCCAUACUAUUUCAGUAUUUGAAUAUUGUGUGAUUUAUUUGUUAAAACCACCUGGCAGAACUGAGUUAAUCAUUAGUAAAGAACAACUCUAAAUUGUAUUGCAUGUUCAUUAUAUUUAGAACACAAUAUAGGCAACAAAAUAUAACAGUAUUAAUAGAAUUACAAGUAAUAACAACAAAAUUUAGUUCAAAAACAUUAUUAACAUUUGUAACUGAAUCUGAAAGACGGUAAUAAAAUAUGCUAUACCAAUUCCGAAUUUGGCCCUAUUGAUUAUUCCAUGAUGCUCUGGAAAUUAUCAAACUGAUUCACUUUAUGAUUAUGAUAAUCUCGAGAAACUCCUAUUUAUUUCAAAUAUCAAUAAAGUAUCGGAGAAAUAUGUGAAAUAUCAGACAAUACGUCGUUUACAAAAGAAUGGAUCCG